CUCAUGUGCACCUGGGCAGCAGCCAGCCCUGGCUGCUCUAACAGCCGCUCUUAGCAGCAGUCCAGGGAAGGGCAGGAGAAAGUGGGAAGAGGAAGCCUCCGGGGGGGCCCCCUGCCCUUCUUUGCAGCCUGCUUUGCACAGGCCAGCAGGUUGGAGGAGGACCUGGCUACAGCAGUUGGAGCAUCACAGUUCUGAAGAGCCGCCAGGAAGAGUGAACACACGGCAGCCAUGUCACUCAAGAAGGCCUUCCUGGUGUUCAGCCCUCAGGUCUUUGGCCAACCCAGCACUCCUCAGGAUCCCAGCGCUCAGUCAGAUCAUCUGGGCACCGUGGACCAAGGCUCGCCACUGCACAGGAAUGACCAAGGGGAUGGGCCAUCCUCCCACUACAGCAUCCACAUUUCCCCCACCAAGAUACUGGACGACAGGCACAUCCGCCAGGCCUCCAUCCGCAAGGCGUUCCUGGCAGUGGCUGUCCAGUUGCCCUUGACGUUCACCAUUGUUGCUGUCCUCACCUUUGUGAAGGAUCUACUCAAAUUUUCCCAUUCGGAUAACUGGAUUGUCAGCGUUCCUCUGGCUGCCUCCACCCUCUUCUUCACCCUCCUCAUCUGGUGUGGGAAGAUCCAGCUCAAGAACCCCUGGAGCCUCAUGGUCCUGUCCAUCGUGACCCUGAGCCUCGGCAAGAUUCUGAGCAUCCAAGUCAUCCCCUACAGCAUGGCCAACAUCCUCAUUGCUCUGGGCAUCACAGCCACCGUCUGCUUAUUUGUCACCAUCUUUGCCAUAAUGGUCAGGUGCAGCUUCACCUCCUACUUCUGGGUGUCCUUUGUCGGCCUGAUAGCCCUGUUGGUGUUGAACGUGCUUUCCUCCUUCCUUCGGAGCCUCGUUCUGGAGAUUGUCUUUGAUGCCUUCGAAAUCCUCCUCUUCACCAGUUUCCUGACUGCGGAAACCCAGCUGGUCCUGGGGAACAACCCAAAGACUUUCAGCUUCUUGGAGUAUCUCUUGGCAGGCGUCACUUACUUUGUCAUCCUUAUUCUCAUGGUCUUUGACACCCUGGAUAUUGCCUUCCUGAUGAGCAAGGGCUAGGCACCCCCCCCAUCUUCUCUGCAUCCCUCCUGCUUUCCUUGCAAGCUCCAUCUUUGGCUCUGUUCUUUUUCCUCUCCCACCCCUGCCCUCCCCCUCUGCUGAGAACUUUUAUGCAGAGAUCGGAAGUUCCCUGACCUGGGAAUCCCUGGGCAUUCUGCACCAGCUUCCUUUCCUUUCCUGCCUUAUCGUCCCCCAGGGGGUGGGUUUGGGCGGGGGCUAUCCUGCUGCGUCCAGAGCAGCUACACCUGUGCCUCUGGCUUCUGCCUUGAGUUGUAUAUAAAUAGAGUUGUCCUAAUAAAAGUGAGAAGGGCUUGGG